GACUGACUCACAACGACACACAGACACUAGUCUACGCCAAAGUUCCGAAGUCCCUGUUUUGAACCGGUCUUCUAACUCUUCCACUUGUCUGCCCUGGACUUCUCCCCUCCACAGAGAUGUGGUGUAGUCGCGUGGCUUUGCGUCGUCUACAGCGGAUUGCCGUUACUCCAUUAAAUACAGCAGGGGGUCUAACCGGCGCAGUGCAGAGACAAAUGUCAACGCUUCCGCGGGUGUAUAUCACCCGACAAAUUCCCCCAGAGGGACUGAAGAUCCUCCGGGAGUCUGGACAAGUGCAGUUUGAGCUGUGGGACUCAGACGAUGUCCCUGUGCCCAGAUCGGAACUGCUCCAGAAGGUGAAAGGCAUAGACGCUCUGCUCUGCGUUCUCACCGAGAAGAUUGAUACAGAGUUAUUGGAUGCCGCAGGUCCAAACCUGAAGGUCAUCAGCACUAUGUCAGUGGGAUUUGACCAUUUGAAUCUGGAGGAGCUGAAGAAGAGGGGGGUCCGUGUGGGCUACACCCCAGACGUUCUGACGGACUCUGUGGCAGAGCUCACCGUCGCUCUGCUGCUGACCACGUCCAGGAGAUUGAUCGAGGCCACGCAUGAAGCCAAGACAGGAGGUUGGGGCACCUGGAGGACCUUGUGGCUGUGUGGCUACGAGCUAGCUAACAGCACGGUGGGCAUCCUGGGUCUGGGGAGGAUCGGGGUGGCCAUCGCAGAGCGCCUGAAGCCCUUCAAGGUAAAGAAGUUCAUCUACACCGACGUGGUACCCAGACCUGAACUGGCCAGCAUGAUCAAUGCAGAGUACGUCUCUCUGGAUGAGCUGGCUAAGCAGUCAGACUUCCUGACAAUCUGCUGCGCUCUCACGCCAGAGACCAAGGAGAUCUGCAACAAGAACCUCUUUUCCAAGAUGAAGAACACCUCCAUUUUCAUCAAUACCAGCAGGGGAGGGGUGGUGAACCAGCAGGACCUUUAUGAGGCUCUGUCCAUGGGUCAGAUAGCCGGCGCCGGCCUGGACGUCACCGUCCCUGAGCCCCUCCCAAUCAGCCACCCGCUUUUUACCCUCAAAAACUGUGUAAUUCUUCCUCACAUCGCCAGUGCCUCCUACAGCACCCGAAAUGCCAUGUCUGCCCUGGCAGCCAAUAACCUGCUGCUAGGCCUGACGGGCCAGCCAAUGAUCAAAGAGCUCAAGAUUUAGGAGCCAAUCACCUGCAACCAGGAAGGAAAGGGUCCAAUCUUCAAUGAGAAGAACUAAAGAAACAAUUGUUUUGUUGUACUCUACUCUACAUUCAUACUCUAUUUCUUAUGCUUAAAAUAAUUUCUGUUUUCAAUUCUAUACUGUUCAACUUAUUGUACUACGUGGAUGACACAAAGUUGAGACAUUAACAUGUUUUUAUUCUAUCAAAGCAACUGAAGAGGUUUUCUGUUAUUUAGUUAGUUUAUUUUUAACAAAGAAAAAGUACAACAUUUAGUUUUCUCAUGGUUCCACUAUGGUUACAUGUAAAGAAAGAAUGUCAAUGUCCUUCCCUUGUACAUUUAAAUGAAUUGCAGCUUUUCAAGCAACAGGGUAUAAGGCAGUAACUUCUGUUACCAAUUAAUCUUUUGAUUUAGGCUUUUCAAAUUGGAUUUGGCUUAUCCACAAAUGGGCUUAUUGUAUAAGUAUUUUUUACAGUGCAAAUAUAUAGAUAAAGAAACUGUUUACACAACUGCUACAAUGGACACGCACCAUGGAAACAAAGUCACAGUGAGAGAAAUGGAAGUCAUCUUAGAUUUUUGUAACAGGGUCUUCAACAUAAUUUCCCUAAUGAGUACCCCAGUAUUUCUACCUGACUAAAAAUGAACCCAUCAUUUCAUACAACCUUUAAUACUGUAGGUUUUCAGAAGUUAGAUAUGAAGAGUAGUAUGAAUAUAGCUUAUGUUUACAGUCACAAAAUCCUACGAAGCAAAUAAUUUGAGGUAUGAAAAAAAGAAAAGAAAUCGAAUACUCAUUUCAUACAAAAAGGCAAUUAUUUUUUAACAGU